CUCUGAAAUAUUUAGCAUCCUCAUCCGAUUGACUUGUAAACAAUCGUUUCAGCUCGUCAGAAACUUCCGGAGUAAACACACCCACCUUGCCCUUUCUGCAACAAAAUGCAGGCCCCUCGUAUUGAAACCGCAAUGCUCCACAGUGGCAGCAGUCGCUAACUUUUCGAAGGACAUGGUGCUUUUUGGGCAGGUUCAUGUAUACUUUGUCAUGAGUGUCAUUAGUGCGAGUUCCAUCACCAUGAUUCCGAUCCACAAGCUUCCUCAUCAGGGUCAUCAUCUCCAAGGUUGUCGCCUGCCAAGCAGUCUAGCCGCCAACGCCGUCGAUAAUGCAAAAGGUGUUUCAAAUAACGGUCAGGACACGAAACAAAGGUUCACGAUUGUACUGAGUUGGGGAUUCUCCUCCCCUGACAUUUGGGUGAAUGGCAAUCGUCGUGAAUGUCGCUGCAUCUGGACAGAAACAAGAGUAAAUGAGGUCGCACCUGCGUUGCAGAGGACGGCGUGGUAUGAGCUCAACGGCGAUAAGGCAGGACAGCCUGAGCGGCGGCGUUACCAAUCCUGGACGAUGGCGGCAUAGAAUAGCUUCUCGAAGUCCAGAAGAGCAUAGACCUGUGAUGGCGUCCGUCGCCGGGUGCCUCGCCGGCUGCGUAUGGCGUAUUCGUUGUCGCGUCCGUCACCAGGUGCCUCGCCGGCUGCAUA